ACUCGUCAGACACAAAAACCACUCCUGCUAGCGGUGCUAGUACCGCGCCACGGAUAGCUAUUGACAGUUGCUAGGCUAACAUUUGUAACUUCACCACGUAGCAUUGACGUACGUAUUUAGCGAACUUUCAGAAUGUCAGGGGUGCUGUGGUGAACGUGAUGUCUAAAUUGUAUUUAGGCUUGAGGUUGAAUUCCUAGCAUUGGCCGGUAUUCAAAGGUCUGUCUGACUGGCAGACAUGGAGGCUCCGGGGAUCGAAGACAUGUUUGACUUUCGUCGGCUUCCUAAGGAUGCCAUUCUUCUCCUGCUGUUGCUGAUUUACCUUCCCGUUGGCAUUUGUUUGAUGUUUUUGCGAAUUUUCAUUGGAAUACACGUAUUCUUGGUCAGCUGUGCGCUUCCAGAGAGUUUUCUGAGAAGAUUCAUCGUGAGAAUCAUGUGCUCAGUUCUGGGAAUGCACGUCAGACAGAAAAACCCUCGCUCCAGAGACAAAAACACCAAGCUGUACAUUUGCAAUCAUCUUACGGCGUUUGACCACAACAUUAUCAACCUUCUGAUUCCCUGCAAUACUCCUCAGCUAGAGGGCUCCACUGGCUUCGUGUGUUGGGCCAGAGGCUUCAUGGAAAUCCAUCCAACUACUGGCCAAGCGGCCAUAGGAGAGUCCCUCCAGAGAUACUGCUCCACUGAGGGCACCACAUCUUUGCUCUUGUUCCCUGAAGAGGAAACGACAAACGGUCGUGCUGGUCUGCUCAAGUUCAGCUCUUGGCCUUUCUCCCUGACCGAUUCCAUUCAACCUGUGGCCUUACGAGUGACCAGACCAUUCAUUGCUCUGAGCACACCAGAGACCAGUUGGCUGUUGGAGCUCUUAUGGACAUUUUUUGUUCCAUGUACAGUGUAUCAUGUAAGUUGGCUCCCACCAGUUUCCAGGCAAGAUAAUGAGUCUACACAGGAGUUUGCCAACAAAGUCCAGGAGCUACUAGCAGGUGAGCUGGGCCUGGUUUCCACCAAGAUCACGAAAGCCGAUAAAGUGGAGCACAUCAAACGAAGGAGACGCACCGUACCUCAAACAACCACUAGUGUCAGACCCUCCUCCAUCGGGCUCAGUUUCUCGACCCAGAGUUUGGGCUCGGAUGAUCGUAAGAUUGCUAAGAUGACGCAACAAGUCAAGGACGUGCUGCCCCAUGUCCCCCUGAGUGUCAUCACAAAUGAUUUGGUGAAGACCAACUGUGUUGACACAACUAUAACAAAUCUGCUGGAGAAUAAGGAGGAACUUCAAAUGGAGGCCAUUGGGGGGGUGUCAUCAGGUUCAGGGCCUCCAAAGAUGAACUCCUCAGCUGGUCCCGCCCCCGACUUAAAGCCUUCUGCCAAAUCCUUUGGGAAAUCACCAGUUGACAGACAUUUGUCUCUCCAAGAGAGAAAAGAAGCGUUGUACAAUUUUGCAAGAAGACGCUACAUUGAAAAACAUGCAUUGGAUGAAGAAGACAGUCACUGAACAGCCCUCAUUUGUCAAGCCAUCAUCAACAUUCUGUCAGAAUGAAGCAUAUACUACUUGCAUAUUUGUCUAAUUUAAAUGGUGAUUUUUUUUUUAUUUCUUUUUUUUUUUUUUUAGGUCAACAGGUUCUGUAACAGACCACAUGUCGUUGGUUACAAGUGAUGAUAAAUAUUCAGAACACAUCUACAUUGAUGCUGUGGAUAUUAUUCAGAUCUUUAAUUCUUCAUUCUGGCUGAUAUAUAAUUUUGAUAACAAUUUGUAUUAAGAUUCACUGACUGUGAAUCAUCUAUUUAUUUUUAUAGUGUCCAGAGUCAUUGAUGAAAAUAAAGUUCAGCUUGGCCUUGCCUUCAAAGA